AAUUAUGGUAAAAAUGAAGAAGUGACGGUUUGGUAUUCAUCAUCGGAUUUACCACGCUUACCAUGAAAAUUUAAUUGUCCAUUAAUAAAAGAGUUAACAUCAGCGUACGGCUACCGCCUUUGGUGUUUUGCCGGACAGGUUAUGACUUAUGUGACUUUUCUCACGGAUGCUCAUCUAUCAGAUUGAAAUUAAUCGUUAUUGUGGCACAUCAUCAAAGAUGAAUGAAAUCCCGGAAUAUAAUUUUAUAAUUUCUGUUGGAAGAUGGUUGAAGUAUUCCAGUUAAAACCUCACCCAAAUACUUCACAUUUCACCCUGUUAAAUUUUGGAUUACGGAUAACCUUUGCCAGGCUUAAAUUUGAACAGGCCCCCCGGAAAAGUAACAACAUUGCAUAUAUAUAAUCACGGAUUAGCAAGAACCGAAAAAAAACUACCCCAAUUACUGCAAGAUGAUGAUGCUGUGGUGGUUGUUCUUCCUUUGUGUAUUUCGAUUUUCGGACGCAACCUAUCGGUAUUAUAACGAACACCUCGCGUACGCUACGGGUGAUACGAUCCUUUCUUUGUGGCAUAACCAUGGAGGUCCACGGGUGCCCCAUCGAAAGUGGAAUAUGGAAUGUCUUGACGGAGAGGCAAUGACUGGUGUGCAGGACUUCACCGACGAUUUUGAGCGACUGACCGCAGCAUGGUGCAAAUUCAUGUUUCCCUACAAACCACCGUCUCACGGAGUGUAUCCAUACUAUCCCAACUGCGUUGUACGAAAUUUCACCAACGAAUACUUUUGCUUCCAUACCAAUGAUGCAUCGAGGUCAAUCAACACAUUUGUGACAGCACUCUGGGAUAAUGAAUUCAAUUUCUAUGUUCAUCGUCCAGGUGGAUUUGGUUUAACAACCGGGGACGAUUUGCAGCCAUACAAGUGCUGUAAAACUCCGAAAGGCUACUAUAUCGACUAUUUAUCGUGCCACUAUAUUGACAGCCAUGAUCCAUACCGGGAAUUCUACGAUAGUCUGUCGAAUUUCAUCAUGCUAUGCCCAACUGGAUACGUCAUGACCGGAAUAUCGAAAAAACUAACGCCAUUCGAACAAGAAUAUCAUGUGGAAUGGAUACAAUGUUGCCGGGUAGGUUAUGGUGCCGCAGUAGCCCUUCCGCCGCCGGUGUACUCUGUUAACGGGAAGAAGGCUUUUUACGCCAACAGCUAUGCUGAAGCCCCACGGGUUCCAGAGGGCUACAUAUUUCAGUAUAAAACGGGAAGAAGCUACACUGAAUUAGAAUCUAUCGGCAACUAUUCGACUAACCCGCGCGAGUCGGCUAAGGAUAAUGAGUGGCAUAGCUUUCGCUAUACCGAUAAGCCAAUUCCAAAGGAUUCGUUCAAUCAAAAAUAUGUAAUGUAGAUAGCAACGUUAAGGACUGCAUGCGGCAACAAAUGAUAAUUUGGGAAGUUCGUAUUACUGACGUGAAAUUCUUGUCUUUUUUGUUAUUAUUUUUGGAUAACAGUGGUCUGAUUUGGCACUACUGUUACUGCACAAACUUUGUUAAUUUGACGGUAAUCCUGCGCGUUUUUGCAGUUAAAUGCUUUGUUGCACUUGAACAUGAGAGAAGUGCUGUGUGACCGUGUAUCUGUAUGAAAUAAAUGCUUACGUGCGUUAGGUACA